AUGAAUACAUCACCAAGAGGACGACGACUUAUCAAACGUACUAUCUUAUGCAUUUCUUUACUAUGGGUAUUAGGCGUGUUUUCGGGUUUUGUCGCUAUGUUCUUUCCACGAAGUGACAAAACUGGUACCACGUCGGUUGGUUUCACCGACGAAACAGCUUCGGCUACUACUACUCUCAACUAUGAAACAAACCUCGCAGGCAAUGGUUCAUUAGAGAUCACUGAUCUGUCAGGACUAGCUGAUCAAAUUGCAAAAAUGUACAAACUAUCCCGUAACAUGAUACGAGUACUUUCAGCUCGAUUCGUACAAAGUCUCAUAUUGACCAGAAGAAAACGACAAAGCGCAUCGGGUACUAAUGCCACAAAUCCACAAUCGAAGACCGUACUGGCUAUUGAAACAGAAUUUAUCUAUCCACAGUCAUGCGGUCAAAUGAAAGCGUGUAAAGAUCGCUAUAUAGGUGGUAUUGAAAAAACAAUUCAGAGAACUGACUCGGCGGUAACCUUCGCGAUAUCGCUUAACAACGGUUUAAGUCUGAAUCUUGGUGCUACUUUUUCUACAAUGGAUAUAAUAAUACUGACUACAACUACAACAACCACCACUACCACUGAAACUACAAGCAUAACAGCGACAUCGAUUAUCUCGAACGCCAACACAACACCGGAGCAAGCUGCGAGCACCUCAGAGACAAAAUCCAUCACUGAAUUUACCAGCUCAACAGAGCAAAUAGCAUCGACGGAAACGACCACAGAAAGAACAACGAUAAAGACUACCACUACAACUACAGAAACUAUGACGACAACAACAACCGAACCAAGUACUACUACCACAGAAGGUGAUACUACUACUAGUACCAUAGGCGCUACUACUAUUAUUACUACUACAACUACAGAAAAACCAACAACGGAAACUAUUUCCACAGAUACCGGUACUUCCACACAUACCACUACUACCACCGAGUCAAAAACAACAACGACAGAAACUACUAGCACCGAUUCUACUACUCCAACAGAAACACCGACAACGACAGAAACUAUGACUACGACUACAGAAACAACAACAAUAACAACUAAUACAAGCACCACUACAGCGAUUACCACAGAUGGCCCUACUAGUACGACUACCAUAAAUGCUGCUACUAGUACAGACACUGCUACCACAAGUGAAACAACAACAAUGAAAACUGUUUCCACAGAUACUACUACUAGGGCCACAGCUUUUAUUAGUACUAAUACUACAGAUGCUACUACUUCCGAAACUAUUACUACAGAUGCUACCACAUAUGCUACUACUACAACGACGACAGGAACAAUGACAACAUCGUCGGUGUCAACAUCAACAACAAUCAACACUACGACCAUACAUGCGUCUACUACUAUUACUAUCACAGAUGGUACUACCACGACUACUACAACCGCAGAAACAACGACAACAUGGUCAGCGUCGACAUCAUCACCAACGGAAACUACUACAAGAGCUACUCCAACUGCGACUACCACGGACGCUACUACUACUAGCAUAGACGCUACAAUUGCGACCACCAGAGAUGCUACAACUACUACGACAGAGCCCACAACUACCGGUACUACUGCCACAGCUAGUACAACUGCGACCACCGCUGAUGCUAUAACUACUACAGAGACGACUACGACGUCAACCACAACAGAAACAACUACGAAGUCAAUUACUACAACAGAGGCUACAACUACUGCAACAGAGACUACAACUACCACAGAGACGACUACGACGUUAACCACAACAGAAACAACUACGAAGUCAAUUACUGCAACAGAGGCUACAACUACUACAACAGAGACUACAGCUACUACAACAGAAACAACUACGACGUCAACUACUACAACAGAGGCUACAACUACUGCAACAGAGACUACAACUACCACAGAGACGACUACGACGUUAACCACAACAGAAACAACUACGAAGUCAAUUACUGCAACAGAUGCUACAACUACUACAACAGCGACUACAGCUACUAGAACAGAAACAACUACGACGUCAACUACUACAACAGAGGCUACAACUACUGCAACGGAGACUACAACUACCACAGAGACGACUACGACGUUAACCACAGCUUCAACGACAACAUCAACCACAACGGAAACAACUACGACGUCGACUACUACAACAGAGACUACAACGUCGUCAAUCACAGCUUCAACGACAACAUCAAACACAACAUCAACCACAACGGAAACAACUACGACGUCGACUACUACAACAGAGACUACAACGNUGGCUCUCCUGGCUUUGGUUCUGGCUCUGGAUGUUAAGGAAAAGUGUAUUUAUCAUUUGGAUAUGGCAGGAAUUAACCUUUGCAUGCAGAAGACGUCCGCUGAGGACUGGAAUCGUACUGGACUCUUAUUCAGCACAGUGACUGCCUUGCAUAUUCUUAUAUAG